UAUAUUUUGUUAGACAAAGACAUUUUUUAAAAAUUGAUGAAAUGUUCCACGUCGUUAGAGAAACUUCCAAAUUUCUUUUAGCGACAAAUUGUAUUGACCCAUCCCAAAUUUAUAUUCUACCAUUAAAAAAUUUCAACUCCACCCAUAUUGGUGAAGCAAUGUACACAAGUUCUUGUUCGUCGACAAAUAUAGUUUGGAAAAUGGUAUGAACUCGUUCAUUACAAGAUGAGCUGGCAAGGCGACAAGUUCAGAACCAAUUUACACGGCAUUAACUUAGGGGGUGUUAAGCACGUCCUCCAAAGCACUGCAUAUCUCGAAAAGCUGUUUUGGCUUGUCGUGAUCUUGUGCGGCCUAACAGCCUCCUUGCUUUUAGUUCGAAAACAAAUUGACUCUUGGAAUGAAGAUCCCGUGACCAGAAGUACGGAACAACGCCAAGUGAGCGAGUUCCCGUUCCCAGCCGUCACCCUCUGUCAUCCUGGUUUCAAUCGAUUCGAUUUCGUUGCCAAGUAUUUAAAUCUCAUGGAGCCGGAGGAAGUGGAUAGGCGACUUAAAGACGUAAAAAAACGCUUUAUGAAGCAAGUGGUGCAUGAACAGGGAGCAUACACUAAAUCACCUACGAAACUGUACCAUGACUACGAUGAUGAAUGCCUGCAUACACGAAGAAAGUUUUAUAAUGUCAGUUGCUCUUUGACCGAACAGAUUGUAUUAGCCCAAAGACAACGACAAACUGGCUAUGAGGCCAUGGUGGAAGAUUUCGUGUCGAAACUAAUUCAAUCUGAUAAGGGCAAAUAUGAUGCGAUGCGUGAGUUUGUCGGUCAAAUGGAACAGGACGCCCAAGAUUAUUUGAAAGGAAACCAUCUGACAAUGAACUCAAGUGAGCUACUGCCAUUACCAACUGAGGAAAACUGGUCAACUCUCUACCAUAUUGCAUGGAUUCGAGUAGCGGUUUUAUCAUUUGGCUUUUCUUCAAAACUAGGAUUGAUCAAGAGUGAUAAGACAGAGAACAUUAAUUCACUGUUAAACAUGAAAACCCACCGACCAGGGAGUUUGUAUUCAAAGUUGUAUUCAGUUUAUACAAAGAACGCGUUAUAUCGUGUGCCAGACGAUUGGGAGUUGGCUGAGGGAUAUUACGGAAAUUUCACGAAGUCCUUUAGUUUGCCAGGAAUUGGCAUGAGCCCGAUAGACAUUAUACCUUUGUUGAUGAUGACAAGCUUCGACAACCUUUCCAAGGAUCGAGUUGAGCUGGAUUGGUCUAACUCUUGGACAGUUGAAAAUCAAGCCAACAGAUACCUUGCCACUCUCCCCAGAAGUGCCUAUUUGUGCAUUCAAGAAUUGCGCGAGCAAAACCCCGUUGGCCAUGACUACCAUGAGCCGUCUCCUUGUCAGAGUGGACUGCCUCUUACCGACCAUUGCCAAUCUUGGUGUGAUAUAUUUCGAGAGCUGGAUCAAGUCCUCGAUCGCAAGGUUCUUUUGGCCUUGAUGAAACCGGCCAUGGUACAGAGAGGGGUGGUUCCCGUUCCCAAACCCGCAGAUUCUGAGAUUCAGGAAUUCAUAUACAAGCAAAUGUUUCCUGACAGCAUCUCUUUGAGCGCCAAAGGAGCUAAACGGAGCAUCAGUGCAGAUACUCCAUUAGUUAUAUACUGCAAGGAUACGUUUCGAGAACAAUGGAAAGGCUCGCGAAUCGGGUUUGGUCUGGCCAACAAGUUUUGCCAAGACUUCUUUAGCUCUCCAACAGAUAUGGGAUUUUGCUUGACCAAAAAUUGGCGCGCCGAUACUAACUUGAAGGUCCAAAAGAGCACCAGCGCUUUCUUGGAGAAUUUUGAUUCCUUUACCGGCCCGUUGCUAUACAGUCAUCCUAACAUCCGAGAGGGUGUCGUCACCUUGGUCAUCGAUACUCAAAAACGUCACACUUUGCCUCGAAAAAGUUCAAUGAACAAAGAUAAAGACGACAUUUUGAACAAAAUAAAUCUGCAGCUUCAUCAGACGAAUUCCGUGGGUCAAAUGGUUACAAGCCAGGAUUUCAGCCGAGCUAUGGAAGUCUUGACUUUGAAAUCAGGCCAUGAAUAUUUCAUUGAGAUUACUCCCGAAGGAAGUGACGUCACGAACCGAUUUCGAGAUUCGCUGUCACCGGAACAACACCCAUGCCAUUUGGACGUUUUGGUACACGACUUGGAACUAUUUCAAACUUACUCCUAUGCCAAUUGUUAUUACGAAUGCCGAGUGAAAUACGCGGCGGACAUCUGUGCCUGCGUCCCUUGGGAUUAUCUGUCCAAUUUGGAUUACCCCCUUUGCGACGUCAUUGGAGGCACUUGCUUUCGUAAUAUGAUUCAAAAUGCCACUUUCACGACCAAUUUACCGUGUUCCUGUCCAAGAGCUUGCACAGAGGUCCAAUAUUCGAAGCGCUUGGAACGUGUCAUUGAUUUGAAUGAACCACAGAACGAAUGGUUUCCAAGUUUCUUUGCGUGCGGACGCCUGUGUGAAUAUCUCACAAAUGCCAAUGGAACCAUACGCGAUCCGAGCUUAUUGGAUGUGGUUCGAUAUUAUGACUAUUACUCUGACGAUCAAAUCACUGAAUAUAAUCGAGGUGCCAAAGCGUUUAAAGAUAUCAUCGUGAUCCACUUGCAAUUCCAGUCGCCCAAAAUGGUUUCCACUAUUUUAGACGCUCGGGCUACUUGGAUCGAGAAACUGGCCGAAUUUGGUGGCACUUUUGGACUUCUGACCCAAAUCACAGGCUUGUCGAUUCUGAGCCUUAUUCAAUUUCUGACUUUGAGUGGGAAGACUUUGUGGCACAUUUUCUCGCCGAAGCCCUUGGUUACGAUCAUAAAUCAGAGCUCGAAGAAAAACUGA